AUGGAGCAGAAGCAUAUAGUGUUAUCCGCGUUGAGUGUAGGAGUAGGGGUGGGAAUAGGGUUGGCGUCAGGUAAAACAGUGAGUAAAUGGAGAGGAGACGCAUCUUCGGCUUCCGACGGUAUAAAUUUGGAGACGAUGGAACAAGAAUUGCUUAGGCAAAUUAUUGAUGGUAGAGAGAGCGGUGUCACCUUUGAUCAAUUCCCUUACUACCUCAGUGAGCAGACUCGGGUAUUGCUAACAAGUGCUGCCUAUGUCCACUUGAAGCAUACUGAAGCUUCCAAGUAUAUAAGGAACCUUUCACCGGCAAGUCGAAACAUUUUGCUUUCGGGACCUGCAGAGCCUUACCAGCAAAUGCUUGCCAAGGCUUUGGCACAUUACUUUGAAGCCAAAUUGCUGCUGUUAGAUGCUACUGACUUUUCUCUUAAGAUUCAGAGCAAGUACGGUGCAAACAAAGAAUCUAUGUUUAAAAGAUCCACUUCAGAGACAACACUAGAGCGAUUGUCUGGUUUCUUUGGAUCAUUUUCAAUUCUUCCACAAAAGGAGGAGCCUAAGGGCACACUGCGUAGGCAAUCCAGUACUGUAGAUAUUCCAUCAAGGGGGCUAGACAGUUCUUAUAAUCCUCCCAAGCUAAGAAGGAAUUCCUCUGCUGCUGCUAAUCUAAGCAAUGAAAUUACACAAAGCACUCCUGCAAAUACAGCUCCUUUGAGGCGUAUGAGCAGUUGGUCUUUUGAUGAUAAGCUUCUUAUACAGUCUCUUUACAAGGUUUUGGUUCAUGUGUCUAAAACUAGUCCCAUUGUGCUGUACCUGAGGGAUGUAGAGAAGAUCUUAUUCAAAUCAAAGAGGAUAUACAAUUUGUUCCAGAAGAUGUUCAAUAAAUUGUCUGGACCACUACUGAUCCUUGGUUCACGAGUUGUAGAUCUGAGUAAUGACUCCAGAGAGGUGGAUGAGACACUUACUGCUCUUUUCCCAUACAACAUUGAAAUCAAACCUCCUGAAGAUGGAACCCAUCUUGUCAGCUGGAAAAAUCAGCUGGAGGAGGAUAUGAAGAUGAUCCAAGUUCGCGAUAAUAGAAAUCACAUCAUGGAAGUACUUUCAGCCAAUGAUCUUGAUUGUGAUGAUCUGGAUUCAGUCUGUGUGGCAGACACAAUGGCUCUCAGUAACUACAUAGAAGAGAUUGUGGUGUCUGCAAUUUCGUAUCAUUUAAUGAACAACAAGCAUCUUGAAUACAGAAAUGGAAAACUCAUUGUGUCGUCCAAAAGUUUAUCGCAUGGAUUGAGUAUAUUCCAGGAGAGCGCGUCCACAGGAAAAGAUUCAUUGAAAUUGGAAGCACAGCCAGAAACAUCCAAGAAAGCAGGAGGGAAUGAGACUGUUUCUGUGAAGCCAGAAACAAAAGCUGAAGGUGUAAAUCCAGAAAAUAGAAGUGAAGUGGAGAAAAAAGCUUCAGGAGUCAAGGCAGAUGGUGAAAAUUCCUUACCAGCAUCAAAAGCUCCUGAAGUUCCUCCUGACAAUGAAUUUGAAAAACGCAUAAGGCCAGAGGUCAUACCACCAAACGAGAUUAAUGUAACGUUUGCUGACAUUGGUGCCUUGGAAGAGACCAAAGAAUCGCUCCAGGAACUAGUGAUGCUUCCUCUUCGAAGACCAGACCUCUUUAAAGGAGGACUGCUAAAGCCUUGCAGGGGAAUUUUGCUGUUUGGUCCUCCUGGAACUGGGAAGACAAUGCUUGCGAAAGCUAUUGCUAAGGAAGCUGGAGCUAGCUUCAUCAACGUAUCCAUGUCAACCAUUACUUCCAAAUGGUUUGGUGAAGAUGAGAAGAAUGUCCGAGCUUUGUUCACACUGGCAGCAAAGGUUUCCCCAACUAUUAUAUUUGUAGAUGAGGUUGACAGCAUGCUUGGGCAGCGAAGUAGAGCUGGGGAGCAUGAAGCAAUGAGGAAGAUAAAAAAUGAGUUCAUGACUCACUGGGAUGGGCUUUUGACAAAUCAGGGUGAGCGCAUACUUGUGCUUGCUGCAACCAACCGGCCAUUUGACCUUGAUGAAGCAAUCAUUAGGCGUUUUGAGCGGAGAAUUAUGGUGGGGCUUCCUUCUGCGGAGCACAGGGAAAGGAUUUUGAAAACUCUCUUGGUAAAAGAAAAAGUGGAAGAAGGACUAGAUUUUAAUGAGCUUGCUACUAUGACAGAAGGAUAUUCAGGAAGCGAUCUUAAGAACUUGUGCACUACAGCUGCCUAUCGGCCUGUCAGGGAACUGAUACAGCAAGAAAGAUUAAAGGAUUUGGCAAAAAAACAAAGAACCGAAGCAUCACAAAAAUCAGGGGAAGCUACUGAUACAAAAGAAGACGAAAAAGAGGAGAGAGUCAUCACCCUUAGACCACUGAAAAUGGAAGACUUUAAGCUUGCAAAGAAUCAGGUUGCCGCUAGCUUUGCCGCAGAAGGAGCUUCAAUGAACGAGUUGCAGCAGUGGAAUGAAUUGUUUGGGGAAGGAGGUUCAAGGAAAAAGCAGCAGUUAACCUACUUCUUAUGA